AUGUCUUCUAAACCUCUCGUCCUCGUUCUUGGCGCUACCGGAUUCACCGGUGGAAGCAUCGUUCAAGGGCUCCUCCAAGCAGGAACAUUUAACGUUGCAGCCAUGAUUCGCUCUGAAUCUCUCUCGAAACCGCAAACAGAAGCCUUGCGUACGGCCGGCGUGGAGAUCCGUACCGGAGACAUCUACGACGGCGUCGAAAAACUCAAGCAGACCCUCGAAGGUGUCGAAAUUGUCAUUAGCUCAGUCGUAGCGUAUUGCAUCUCGGACCAGAAAGACCUCAUACGGGCCGCCAAAGAAGUGGGCGUCAAGCGGGUCAUUCCUUGCGACUUUGCCUCCCCUGGCGCGAAAGGCGUGCGCGAAAUCCACGACCGUAAACUUGCAAUCCGCGAGUACGUCCUUGAGCUCGGCGUCCCGCAUACGUUCAUCGACGUCGGCUGGUGGAUGCAGCUCAUCCUACCGCCCCCAGCGCGUUCCGCCGUCCCGGCCGCGCAGAAGCCGAUGUACAACACCGAAUACAACAAGGGGACGUCGCCGAUGCUCCUCACCAACCUGCACCACAUCGGCUGCUGGGUCGCGCGCAUCGUGAGAUGUCGGGGGUCCUACCCGCGCACGCUCAAUCGGGCGGCGAUCGUGUGGGAGGAUAUCAAGACGCAGAAGGAGAUGUUCACGAUCGCGGACCGCGUCGAGGGCGAGGGCGAGGCUUUCGCUUCUUCGCGUGUCUAUGCGACCGGGGACGAGAUUCGAGCCAAGCGUGAAGAUGCGAUGGCAGCGGCCGCUGCCGCGCCGAAGGACUCCAAUUUACAAAGGUCCGCUCUUGUGCUUUUCCAUCGCGCCGGGUACAGGGUGAGCAUGCACGUGCCGGAAGAGAACACUCUCGAAAACACGAAGCGCCUUGGGUACCUCGAUGUACGCGAGUUGUACCCGGACAUGCUCAAGUACACUCUCGAGGACUUCGCGAGGGAGUUCUACGCGAUGGAGAACCCGGGGACGGUACGCGUACGUGAUUGA